AGCUGCUCUUGUGGAGCCGGGGGGCGGUGGAAGGGGAGUGGAUCCAGGGAAUCUGGCUAAUAGGAGCUUCUUCUCCGCCGUUCUUAUCGUGCAGUGUCCAAACUUGGGGGAUAAUGUUGCGAUUAUAAAAACAAACUCAGAGAUCCUGCGCUCAACAGCUUUCGUUCACAACUUCUUUUCCCGAAACAGGUUCCCCGCACUGAGCAGGGGACCACAAACCGUGGGAACCAUGAAGUGUGCACCGUUUGUUUUUCUUUUUAAACCUUAAACGAUGUUGUAUGCGGCUUUUGCAGUAUCUUUGUCUACUUUUAUUCGCAUUAUCAGCGGUGCAACAUCCUGCAUCUGCCAUCGCCCUGGCAACCAGACCUCCUCUCCAUCAUUCUCCAGCGCUUCAUCCCUCAACAGCAGCGGCAGCCUGAGAGAAACAAAACCCCGCUCUCGUCCUGCACGUGGAGAGAGAUUUUUUCCUCUUUCCCUCUUGAACUCUCCUUUCUAUUUUGUUUAUUUUUAUUGUUUUGUUUAAAACAGAAAUAGCAAGGUUCAUGUGUCGGAGAAGUCUUUUCUCUCAGCACCAAAAUGCCUGUGAGACGCGGUCAUGUUGCGCUCCAGAACACCUACCUGGACACUAUCAUCAGGAAAUUCGACGAGCAAAAUCGCAAGUUUGUGAUCGCCAACGCUCAGAUGAAGAACUGUGGCAUCAUCUACUGCAACGAGGGCUUCUGUCAGAUGUUCGGCUUCACCAGGGCGGAGAUCAUGCAGCAGCCCUGCACCUGCCAGUUCUUGGUGGGGCCCGGUACCAUGAAGAGCGCCCUGGCCCAGCUGGCACAGGCCCUGCUUGGCUCAGAGGAGCGCAAGGUGGAGAUCCUAUACUACGCUAAGGAAGGGACCUGCAGACCGUGCCUGGUGGAUAUUGUCCCAGUAAAAAAUGAGGAGGGCAUCGUCAUCAUGUUCAUCCUCGACUUCCAGGAGUUAAUUGAUCCUUCGCUCAAAAAAUCAGGCCUCAGGCAGAGAGUAACCCAAGGAUGGAUUUAUUGUCAGAAUCGCAGGCUGAAGAUGAGGCUGCCAGUGCUGCGAUCCAUGCGACGACCUUCACUUUCCAAAGACCAGUUUGAAGGGGUUGUAGUGGACUACCUGCAGCCAAACAGCGAGGAGGUCCCUCUCAAAGAGUUUCGGAUCCCGUCCAAGGAGAGCUGCAUGCAGUCUGAGACGGAGGCCCUGAUAGAGCAGGACAUGGAUCCUCCAUCUCCCGCAGCCCAGUCGUCCACCAAGCGGCGCUCCCUACUGACGGACAGGCUGGACCCCGGUAUCACCUUCCCACGGGGCACUUUACCUCGGAGCUGCUCCCGGGACAGUGUCCGCAGCCUCCGACGUGCCUCAUCACUGGAUGACAUUGAUGGCAUGAGGGCAGAAUGGAACAGUCGACCUGGAGACCCCCGAAUUAACAGCAAUUUGAAGCCCAGCGCUCUGAACUCCACGUCAGACUCGGAUCUGAUGAGACACAGGACCAUCGGCCGAAUCCCUCAGGUUACCCUCACCUUCGGCUCAGAUCGGAUGAGACCUCCUUCGCCCACAGAGAUUGAAAUCAUCGCACCCAGCAAGAUAAAAGACCGCACCCAGAAUGUCACAGAGAAGGUCACUCAGGUCACACAGGUGUUGUCCCUUGGUGCUGACGUGCUGCCAGAGUACAAGCUCCAGGCCCCACGCAUCCACAAGUGGACCAUCCUUCACUACAGCCCCUUCAAAGCAGUAUGGGACUGGGUCAUCCUGCUGCUGGUCAUCUACACCGCCAUCUUCACGCCAUACUCAGCCGCCUUCCUUCUCAACGAGGUGGAGGAGGAGCGGAGGAGAACCUGCGGCUACACCUGCAACCCGCUCAACGUGGUGGACCUGGUGGUGGACGUCAUGUUCAUCGUGGACAUCCUCAUCAACUUCAGGACCACCUACGUCAACCACAACGACGAGGUGGUCAGCCACCCGGGACGCAUCGCACAGCACUACUUCAAGGGCUGGUUCCUCAUCGACAUCGUGGCUGCCAUCCCCUUCGAUCUGCUCAUAUUCCGCUCUGGGUCAGAGGAGCCUCAGACAACUACUCUGAUUGGAUUACUGAAGACAGCCAGACUGCUGAGGUUGGUACGAGUGGCCAGGAAGUUGGACCGUUACUCAGAAUAUGGAGCUGCUGUCCUUUUCCUUCUCAUGUGCACCUUUGCCCUCAUCGCUCAUUGGCUGGCCUGUAUCUGGUACGCCAUCGGCAACGUGGAACGUGGCUCUGCGCGCAUCGGAGGCAUGAAGAUUGGUUGGCUGGACAACCUGGCUGACCAGAUUGGUAAACACUACAAUGAGAGUGACGUAACCUCGGGCCCCUCCAUCAAGGACAAGUACGUCACAGCUCUGUACUUCACCUUCAGCAGCCUGACCAGUGUGGGCUUUGGGAACGUCUCACCCAACACCAACCCAGAGAAGAUCUUCUCCAUCUGUGUCAUGCUCAUUGGCUCUCUGAUGUAUGCCAGUAUCUUCGGUAACGUGUCAGCCAUUAUUCAGAGACUGUACUCAGGCACGGCCCGAUACCACACCCAGAUGCUGCGGGUCAAAGAGUUCAUACGUUUCCAUCAGAUCCCAGGAGGCCUGAGACAGAGGCUAGAGGAGUACUUCCAACAUGCCUGGUCCUACACCAACGGCAUCGACAUGAACGCUGUUUUAAAGGGUUUCCCUGAGUGUCUUCAGGCUGACAUCUGCCUCCACUUGAACCGCAGCUUGCUGCAGAACUGCAAAGCCUUUCGAGGUGCCAACAAGGGCUGCCUGCGGGCUUUAGCCAUGCGAUUCAAGACCACCCACGCUCCGCCGGGUGACACUCUGGUCCACAGUGGGGACAUUCUCACCGCCCUCUACUUCAUUUCCAGAGGCUCUAUAGAGAUCCUCAGGGACGAUGUGGUGGUGGCCAUAUUAGGAAAGAAUGACAUUUUUGGUGAACCCAUCAGUCUGUAUGGAAGACCAGGGAAGUCCAGCGCUGACGUCAGGGCUUUGACCUACUGUGACCUUCACAAGAUCCUGAGAGACGACCUGCUGGAAGUGCUGGACAUGUAUCCUGACUUUGCGGACAUGUUCUGGAACAACUUGGAGGUCACGUUCAACCUGAGAGAUGCAGAUCGAAUAAACCAGCCAACCCCGAGCAGGGACUCUGAAUGUGGCUACCGCCGGACGAGGCAUCGGAGAGGCUCGCUGCGGCGCCGAAACCGACCAGACGGGAUGGACCGUGAGGACUCUUACCCUGAUCAGUCCUGUCCAAUGGCAAACCACCACCGGGGCACGAUGGCAGGAUCCCACUGGGAAGACCUCUGCAGCAGCGCUAGUAUCUGUUCGCAGUCUAGUGAUGAAGAGAUGAAGCCUAUGGGACACAGCAAAGGGGAGCUGUACCCCCCCGGAGGGGACACCAGAGACUACCCCCCUGCAGUGGUCAACAUCCUGCCUCACAGUGGACCCUCAGCUGGGAUGGGACCACCAGUAGACCUCGGAGGACCACCGUUCUCAGCAACACCUAUCAGCAUGUCAGGUCUGUAUGGCUACUGGCCAGGCCGCAGAUCCAGCCAGUUCUCAGAGAGCCAGAGACGGCCGUCAUCGGUCAGAGCCAGUUUUCACCCACCACCAUGUGCUGAGGAUCGGCCCAGCGAACUUGAAUCCAGACUGGAGCUCCUCCAAUCCCAAUUAAACCGGCUGGAGACCCGUAUGACGGCAGAUAUCAACGUGAUCCUGCAGCUCCUCCAGAGGCAGAUGGCCCCGGUGCCUCCAGCCUACAGCGCUGUGUCCCCCAGCCCUCACCCGCCUCACCCCACCACUUUGUACAGCACAGGAGCACCCAUAAUUCAUACUGUCCCCCCAGUACAGAUCGACAGCACUGCCUCACUGCUACAGAGUCCAGACUCUGACUUCAAGCACAAAUCCAAGGAUUCCCUGUCCAGCGGGAUCCAUCUCACUGUGGCCUCAGAUGACACCAUGUCAAUGUCACCGGAGGCAGACCCACCACAUCUGCCCUCUGUGGACAUCACCCCUCCUCAACUGUCAGGGGUACAAGAGCCUCCUGGACUGUUAUGUGGCAGCCAGCGCUUCCCCUCCCUCCCCGAGCACCUGGAGACCUCCACAGAGAUGCAGGAGAUCCAGAGGCACGUCUCUGACCCUGUCUUGCCAGGCAGCUAGAAUACCAGUCGCCACCACCCAAAGGCCUGGUCCUUUGGACGGGACGGCCAUAUAUUCCCCAGGUUGUUACUUCCUUCUGCCUCCCUUAAAAUCUCCUCUGUCCUGUUCAGAUGCUGCUGAAUAGCGUGGGAAGCCUCGCCUUCCACGCCACUGAGGGUUCAGAGUGCCUCCUGUUUCUUACAGACUCCAACGGUGCCCUCACAGGCUGCUGUGGUCCCUUCACCCCCAACGAAGAGGUUAUUCCUGCCCAGCUGCGUGGGAAAAUUGUGAAACAUGAGCAAGCACACGAACAUAUACACACGUCAAGCAGUCGACUGCAUCCUAGACUGAGUUUUCCUGAGGAGAGGUGAAAUGUCAAGGACUACUAAUAUGUUUCACGUGUGAAGAAUUAUCUGCAUUCACUUUGUAUAAGAAUUGCACAUUUAGAGGAUAGGAAAAUUUGAAUCAUUUAUUUGGGACUGAAAUUAUUUUCAUAAUAUUAGAGAUGUGUUGGUUACAAUAAGAGCCAUACAUCAAAUAAAUGUCAUAACUAUGAGUGUAAAAAGUUAUAGAUUCCCUGUUGUUUUGGUGUAUGUUGAAAAAAUAUCAAAAGGCAUACCACAGCUGUCUGGCACACUGUAAAAGAUGAUGGCUCGAGGUUCAAGCCAGUGUAAUUUUCAUCUCAUAUUUCAUGCUCUGACAUUCUGACAUGAAUCAGCAGUGCUUGUUAAGGGUGAUCAUGAGAAGCUUUAACAACAUACACGAUCAAGCGGAGCAGAAAAACGUCUUGGUUUCUUGUACAUUUACACGUAGCUCUUAGAGUUUUGUUUUGAUCACGACUGCUUUGCUUGGUUCCCCCCUCUUUCUCUUUCUGUACGGCUCAGCUCAAAACGUGUUUCUGUGGGAUGGUCACGUGGUUUCAUAAUGUACCAGAUGUGUUUAUUUGAAAAGUGCCAACAUUAGAGGAAUCACUCAAAACUGCUGAAGGUUGUGGAUGGUAACUGUCAGUCAUACAGGACACAGAGAGGUCGUCUCAAGAUGAUUUCACAGUUCCAGCCAUGAGGUGAAUGUAAUGCCUUUUUAAGCAUUUAUAAUUCUGUAUAAUGUUUCUUGAAGCACAAAUUCCUGUUAUUUAUCUUUUUUAGAUUAAAGACACUGCAGAGUUACUCUGGGAGUCCACAUUUUAUUUUCCGAAUAUUGAUCCUAGCUCACGUGGUGCAUCGUUUACUGAGGGUGCCACACUGAAGUGAAAAAGUAACAAAGUACAUUCACACAAUUACUGUUUUAAGUACAAAUUUGAGGUACUAUACUUGAUGCUACUUAAUACUGUACUUCUACUUAACUAUAAUAUAGAGGGACAUACACUCAACAAGCACUUUAUGAGGAACACCUGUACACCUGCAUGCAGUUAUCUAAUCAGCCAAUCACGAUGCAGCAGUGCAGUGUCACACUGUUGGUGCCAGGUGGGCUGAUUUGAGUGUUUCUGAAACUGCUGAUCUCCUGGGAUUUUCACAGCAGUCUCUAGAGUUUACUCAGAACAAUAUGAAAAACAAAAAACAUCGAGGUCGAAGGAGAGCAGCCAGAAAAGGCAACAGUAACUCAGACAACUGCUCUUUACAGCUGUGGUGAGCAGAAGAGCACAACGUGCUGAACUCGUGGAGAAUGGGCUACAACAGCAGAAGACCAAGUCCAGUUUUUCUCCUGUCAGCCAGGAAUACAAAUCUGAGGCUGUGGUGGACACGGGUUCACUAAACCUGGGCAGCUGUAGCCUGGUCUGAUAAAUCUGGAUUCCUGCAGAGUCAGAAUCUGGCAUCAACAGCAUGAAUCCAAGGACCCAGCCUGACCUGUGCUUAGACCAGAAUCUCAAAGAACUGAGGAUGUUUUGAGAGCAAAGGGAUUAUUAUGGUGUUCCUGAUAAAGUGCUCGGUGAGUGUAUGUUGUAUUUCUAACUCACUAAAUUGAAUAAUUGAAGUCACUUUGAGGAUUAACAUUAAAAAGCUCUGCUCUCUGAAUACAGGAAAUAUGAUGCUUUGUUAUAAACUAAUUUAAAUUUACCAACAGUAGAAACUUAAACUAUCUCCACCUCAAUCAGACUCAACAUAACGUUCUGUUUACAUGUUAUUUUAUCAGCAACAAUAUUCCAGUAAUGUAAUUUAUCACAGAGCAGAGCCAUUCUGCAUUAUGAGUAUUUUAACUUGUGAUACUUUCAGGACAUUUUGCUGAUAAUACUUCUGUGUUUACUUAAGUAAAAUGUUCAGAGUAAAACUUCUGAAGGAACAUUUUUACAUUGUGCUAUUGUUAUUUUUAAAUGUACACAUUUAUACACAGUAGUGCUUUUAUAGAAAGUGAUUUUCAAUUUGCAUCUUAUUCAGCCAUGCACAGUGCUGAGGUUUGGUGUAUUUUUACAUUGUGGUAUGAGUACUUUUACUUCAGUUUAAAGGACAUGAAUACUUCUUACACCACUGGAAACUCCUACACUCUGUGUAGCACUGACACAGUUGGAGAAGGAGGAGCUUUUAGAUUUCAUCUGAAAGUAAAUCGAGGCUGGUAAAUGAAUGAAAACUGACGACAAGUUUGUUCCUAAGACAUGGAGGAAUACAAUUUAUUAGAGCAAAUUCAAUAAUAAACUUUAUGAAAAAAGCUACAACAUGAACACUUGGCUUACCAACAUCUUAAGUUGAUAUAUUUAUAUGUAUGUACAGUUUGCCUUGUAAUGGCAUGCUACAAGGACAUGACCCUUUAAUUAUUGAAAACAACAAAAAGAGAGGCAGACGCAGACGCAGUCAGAAAGUUGUUUCACUCUCCUCUCAUUUCACAACUCACUCUAAAACAAAGAAAAUGCAGCUUUCCAAGCACAAUCUCCUACGAAUGAAAAGAAGAGAAUAAUUAGGGAGCUAAAAGGCUGAACAACAUUGCUCUGGUAGGUUCUCAGUGUUGCUGUACACGGCUGCCUCACAGCAUCAGCAGCCAAACUUAAACGCACCAUAUGAUGACUGACACCACUGCAGUGACGAUAUGAAGCCCUCUCAGGGUAUUUUUACAAUUUUUAAAAGUUGCACAGGUCACAAGUUCGAGCCUGAAUACAAUUAUUUUGCAGAGAGGAUACUGGACACACACCCAUUUAAAAAUUUUAAUUGCCACAGGGGUAAACAAGACUAUAAUGUGCUGACGUUUGAAUCAGCAAUAAUAUGGUAUGAGUCCACAAGAAGGCUACGACAAAUUUCUACGCAUUAGAGAGGUCACCUUCUGCUGCCUACAGUA